UAGGCUUGGUGCCAAAAGGGGCCAUAAGGGAAACCUUGAACAGCUGCUGCAAUCUGCAUGGCGAGAAAACCAAACCCGUGUUCCUGCAAAACUUUCUCUAUUACACUCUCUCCUCAAAAGGGUUUGGAUUUUAUGAAAUUUGCAAAAAUCCCUUAGCCUUGUUCGUUUCUCCAUUUUCCUUUCUCUAUUUUGAGAUUUUUUUCUCUCUUCUCUACAUAAUACAUACAAAAUUGUGACAGCUUGCAGCUUAUGGACUGUCUUUCCACUUCAAAUUCAAUAUCCCAAUUCCUCAUUUGGGUCUUUCUUGUUGUUGUAAUUGUCGGUGCUGAAGAUGGAGUCGAUUGAAGAUACCCGCAUUCCUCAGAACAAUUUGAUCCUACAAACGCCUGGAAUCAAGUAUAAUGGUGUUCCAUCUAGAUUGGAAAGGCUAUUAAGAGAAAGGGAACUACGAAAAUCCAGCAAGUCUCUAUAUGCAAAUGAAGGCAUAAGAGAUGGCUACAGAGACUCAGAUGUUUCUGUAAAUGGAAUUGAACUCUGUCUAUCAGAUGGCGAUAAGAGAACUCGAGAUGAAGAGCUUAUUGAAGGACUUGUAGCUGCAAAAACCCUUUCUGAUGGCUCUGAGAGGCUAGAUGGACGACCACAAAAGCAAAGAUUGUUGGUUGUGGCAAAUCGGUUGCCUGUUUCUGCUGUUAGGAAAGGCAAAGAUUCAUGGGCUCUAGAAGUUAGUGUAGGAGGUUUAGUUCGAGCGCUGUUGGGUGUCAAUGAGUUUGAAGCAAAUUGGAUCGGGUGGGCUGGGGUGAAUGUACCUGAUGAAAUUGGUCAGAGAUCACUUACUGAAGCUCUAGCUGAAAAGAGGUGCAUUCCAGUUUUUCUUGAUCAAGAAACUGUUCACCAAUAUUACAACGGCUAUUGUAAUAACAUUCUAUGGCCUCUUUUCCAUUAUCUCCCACUUCCGCAAGAAGACCGUCUUGCAACCACCCGUAGCUUCCAGUCCCAGUUUGCUGCAUACAAGAAGGCAAACCAGAUGUUUGCUGAUGUCAUCAAUGAGCAUUAUCAAGAGGGUGAUGUCGUCUGGUGCCAUGAUUACCACCUGAUGUUUCUACCAAAAUGCCUUAAAGAGUAUAAUAGUAAAAUGAAAGUUGGUUGGUUUCUUCACACACCUUUUCCUUCAUCCGAAAUUCAUAGGACAUUGCCAUCUCGAUCAGAGCUGUUAAGAGCAGUUCUUGCUGCUGAUUUAGUUGGCUUCCACACUUACGAUUAUGCAAGGCAUUUUGUUAGUGCUUGCACUCGCAUUCUUGGGCUUGAGGGCACACCUGAAGGAGUGGAGGACCAAGGAAAGCUGACACGUGUUGCUGCGUUUCCUAUCGGGAUAGAUUCUGAUCGGUUCAUUAGAGCUCUUGAGCUUUCUCCAGUCAAGUACCAUAUCAAAGAACUGCAAGAAAGAUUUGCUGGCAGAAAGGUAAUGCUGGGCAUAGACCGUCUGGAUAUGAUUAAGGGAAUCCCCCAAAGAAUAUUGGCAUUUGAGAAGUUCCUCGAAGAGAACCCAGACUGGCGUGACAAGGUAGUUUUGCUACAAAUUGCAGUGCCAACCAGGACAGAUGUCCCCGAGUAUCAAAAACUUACGUGCCAAGUACAUGAAAUUGUGGGACGCAUCAAUGGAAGAUUUGGAACUCUAACAGCUGUCCCGAUCCAUCAUUUGGACCGCUCUCUUGAUUUUCAUGCACUGUGCGCAAUUUAUGCUGUCACUGAUGUUGCUCUAGUUACAUCCCUAAGGGAUGGAAUGAAUCUUGUCAGCUAUGAGUUUGUGGCCUGCCAAGCAUCCAAGAAAGGAGUCCUAAUUCUAAGUGAGUUUGCAGGUGCAGCACAGUCUCUUGGUGCUGGGGCUAUUUUGGUGAACCCGUGGAAUGUUACAGAACUUGCGUCCUCUAUUGGUUAUGCUCUAACAAUGUCUGCCCAUGAAAGAGAAAAACGACAUCACCAUAACUUCAUGCAUGUCACUACUCACACUUCCCAGGAAUGGGCUGAAACAUUUGUAAGCGAACUCAAUGAUACAGUUGUUGAAGCUCAACUGAGGACUAGACAAAUUCCGCCUCAGCUACCUACCAAAUUGGCUAUCGAGCGCUACUUGCGAUCAAAUAAUCGGUUGCUUAUAUUGGGUUUCAAUGCCACAUUAACAGAGCCAGUGGACGCCCAGGGAAGAAGGAUUGAUCAACUAAAAGAAAUGGAGCUUAAGUUGCAUCCAGAUUUAAAAGAACCUUUAAGAAAGCUCUGUAAUGACCCAAAAACGACAGUAGUUGUCCUCAGUGGAAGUGACCGGAAUGUUCUUGAUGAGAAUUUUGGAGAAUAUAGGAUGUGGUUGGCUGCUGAACAUGGAAUGUUUUUGCGACAAACAGAGGGGAAUUGGAUGACUACGAUGCCUGAAAAUCUAAAUAUGGAUUGGGUUGACAGCGUGAAGCAUGUAUUUGAGUAUUUCACUGAGAGGACCCCUCGUUCUCAUUUUGAGCUUCGUGAGACCUCACUUGUUUGGAACUAUAAAUAUACAGAUAUCGAGUUUGGAAGACUUCAAUCAAAAGAUCUCUUGCAACAUUUGUGGACAGGCCCAAUUUCAAAUGCUUCUGUAGAUGUAGUCCAGGGUAGUCGAUCCGUUGAGGUUCGAGCAGUUGGUGUUACUAAGGGGGCAGCAAUUGAUCGUAUUUUGGGAGAAAUAGUGCAUAACAAUGAUGUCAAGGCACCAAUAGAUUAUGUUUUAUGCAUAGGGCACUUUCUGCCAAAGGAUGAAGAUAUUUAUUCAUUUUUUGAGCCAGAGCUUCCUCUUGGACAAGCAGCAACUACAAGAAACAAGAUAGCUAACCAUCUCAAUAGAAAUACUUCAAAUCAUUCAGCUGGUAAAAGCGGGCACCGGGCAGUUAGUUACAAAGUUUCCCAGCAAGCUUCAACCUUAGACAAGAAAGCUGGCAGUAAUGAAAAUGGAAAUUGGUGGUCCAUGAUGCGUGAUAGAAUGACAGUUCAUGAAGGGUCAUCGGUUCUUGACCUCAAGGCUGAUAACUACUUCUCUUGUGCAGUUGGUAGAAAGUGCUCUACUUCCAGAUACCUUCUUGGUUCAUCAGCUGAUGUUGUGUCCCUAUUGAAAGAGCUGGCCUACUGUUCAUCUUACAGAGCUGCUUCUUCAUACAAAUAGAAGUCUAUUAUUUGAGGAAAAGUUGCCAAGACUGCAGCCACUACAAGCCUUACCAAGUUGAGCUCGAGGGUUGGCCUUUCUUUCUCAGUUUUUAUACUCCAGCAACAAAUCUUAUCUUCAAGAAAUACAGUUUCUAACACAACCUUUGCAUAAAGCUGGAUAGGACAAAUAAUGAAACUGAAAACCAUGCCCAUUUUCUUUUUGGUUGUUAUGUUACUUCACGUAACUGUGAGAUUGUUGAUCCUUCCAUAUUAGUUGACCUGCUUUUUUGUCUGUCAUGAUGUAGUUUAUCACUUUCCCUAAUUGGAGGACUUUUGGAGAACAAUUUAAUUUAACAAUCUAAAGCUACUGAUUAUUAUCUUGAUGUAACAUCCUUUUAGUAGCGGAAUAGAUAUAGAGGAUUCAUAUAGCCUCACCAAGCUAA